AUUAUCACUGCAAUGAAAUAAUAUUUUAACUGCAGGGGAGGCAUUACAGAUAGCUCCCAAGUAGACUUGCCGGCUGGGAAUGGCCCACACAGCUCCCUGUACUCAGAGGAAAGGGCCACUCCAUCUCGGCUGGCAGGUCUUGGUGUCUGAGAUGCCAUUGUCAGAUGCUGCUCCAAAGACCUAAGGACAUGUGCCCAGGAGAAGUGUAUGGUCCCAACCCUUUCCACUGAGGCUCAAUGGCCCAGCAAAAUAUGAAAGUGCGGCCUGUGCUCCUGAAGCGGAACAGCCUGGAGUCAGUGGAGUUGGUGAAGCAGCCACACCACCGCAGGAGCAAGUCUCAGCAGGUGCGGUUCAAAGACGAUGGGACAAGCAAAGUGCCGCCUGGCCUCCCCGAGGCGGAGGUCCAUGCUCCUGAAGACCCAGUGGUGACAGGCAAGACUCAAGCACCUCGACACCAUCACCUCCCCACCUACUCGCUCUCCUUCCCCAGGUCCCAGAAGGCAGGGGGCUUUCGGAACAUCGCGAUCCAAACUUCCCCUAGUCUCAGGAAGCAUUUCCCAAUUUUCAAAAGGAAGAGACUCACAGCCAGUAAGUCCCUGGUGGAAAUGCCAACAGCACCCCAAAGUGCCAUCCAGGUCAAUGGCAACCUCUCUGAGCAGGACAUUGUGUCUUCUGAACUUGCCUACUUAAGGCUGGCUCAGCAUCUUGAGGAUGGGCCUCGAAGGGUCAAGGCAUCCCACCCAUUUCUCCCUAGAACGGCCAAGGUGCAAAGCAAUGGGCCUGUUAGCAUAUGCUUGGAAGCAGGGCCUUGGAGAGCCUCAGAGAAAGCGACAGCUGCCAUUCAAGUCCCCGAUGAUAUUUAUCACAGUCCUCCCUGGGCGGCAAGGGAGCCCGCUUUCAACCAAGACGGGUCUGCAGGGUUGAGCAACCCCACCCACCCUUCAGUUGACCUGUGUCCAGGCGAUGGGAGAAGAGCGCUGCCAUCCGACUCAGAAAGAUCCUCCUGCUGCUUAAACGCCACCAGCGGUGCCAACCACACGCCAGGCACGGGGAAACUUAAACCCGAAUUGCUUUUGCCCAAAGACAACUCCAGUGACAAAGACUUUGGCCCACUAUCAUCUCUGUCAAAGGACACAUGGGUUCCCUCACCUCCACGGACUCACAGUUCCCUGUCACCAGGCUCCCACGGCCAGCCGGCCCACCCCGGAGGGGCAUCAGACUGUUCUCCAUCGAGCAACCACCACCAGGAGCUGCCAUCACUCAAACCGAACGAUGCAUCAAAAUCUGCCCCUGCGCAUCAGGAGCAGGCCGAGAAGGCCCCCGCCCCGCCAGACGCCCCGGCGCCUCACAGUUGUCCCGGAAAUGGCCAGCCCCCAUCCUCUCUUCCAAGGAGGGAGACCAAACUUCAGGGCAGCAGGGACGUUGGGGGGAUUAAUCAAAUCCACCUGGCACGGGGCGAACUCUGCGACCUCCAAGGCAGGCUGCAAUCUGUGGAGGAAUCUCUGCACUCGAACCAAGAGAAAAUUAAAGUCCUUUUGAAUGUAAUUCAAGACUUGGAGAAAGCACGGGCUCUCACAGAAGGGCGCAACUUUUAUCGAACGGGCCAAGACCUCAACAACUGCAGUACCUGUCAGAACACAGCGUGCAUCAUAUACAGUGUAGAAUAUGAUUUUCGGCAGCAAGAAGGCAGGUUCCACGAAGUGCUGCAGAAUCUGGAGGAGGCGGCACCAGCCGAAGAGCCCUCUCCCCCACCAAAGUCCCCGGCAGAACCCCCUGUUUCUGAGAAGCAGGAUUUAAGGCGGAAAACUAAGAAGGUGAAGAAGAAAUGCUUCUGGUGGAUCUAG